UGGAUGGAUGGAAGGGACGGGUACUCCUACGACGUAGUGUUGGGCGACUAUUAUAAAUAGCGGCCUUGCGCUGACGGACGCUACGUGAAGACGCCCCUUUCUCUCUUUCUUCUCUGGUUCAUGUAAAUAGUAUCUGAUCUGCUGUAUCAGACAUCUUCCCUCUCACACUGUUUAUUUCUACAACAUUAUCACAACAAGAUGAAGGCCGCUGCUGCCCUUUUCGGCCUCUUGGCCACCGCCUCCGCUGCCGCAGUUAACCAAAAGGUUACCUACGACGGCUACAAGGUGUUCCGUAUCCCUUCUGCCAACAAGGACCAUGCUGCAAAGCUUGAGAAGGUCACCGAGCAGCUCGGUCUGCAGCCCUGGCAGACUCCCUACAAGACGGGCACUUACAGCGAUGUUGCUGUCCCUCCUGCCCAGCUCGCCAAGUUCCACGAGUUGAUUGACCACAUGGGACCUAUCGUCAUGCACGAGGACCUGGGCAGCGCCAUUGCUCAGGAGGGCAACCACGCCGUCUACGCUGCCGGCUCUGCCAACGCCUCGUGGUUCGAUUCGUACCACAGCUACAAGGACCACUUGACCUUCCUCAGCGAUCUCCAGGCCAAGUACCCCUCCAACUCGGAGAUUGUCACCUCGGGCAAGUCUGCUGCUGGCAACGCCAUCACUGGCCUGCACAUCUACGGCAAGAAUGGCAAGGGCAAGCCCGCCGUUGUCUUCCACGGCACUGUCCACGCCCGUGAAUGGAUCGGCACCAUGGUCAACGAGUACAUCUUGUACAACAUCCUCACCGGCUACGGCACUGAUAACACCUACCUUGACAAGUACGACUUUUACAUCUUCCCUGUCGUCAACCCCGAUGGUUUCAUCUACACCCAGACCAAUGACCGCAUGUGGCGCAAGAACAGAGUCGCCAACACUGGCAGCAACUGUGCCGGCACGGAUCUGAACCGCAACUGGCCCUACAAGUGGGAUGGCCAGGGCUCUUCCACCAACCCUUGCUCCGAGACCUACCGUGGUGCCUCUGCUGGUUCCUCCGUCGAGAACAAGGCUCUCACUGGCUGGUUGUCCAACCUCAAAAAGACCCAGAGUGUCAAGCUCUACAUUGACUGGCACUCCUACUCGCAGCUCUUCAUGUCUCCUUACGGAUACUCUUGCACUGCUCUUCCUGGUAACAACGCCGAGGUUCAGCAGAUGCUCAAGGGCGCCGUCGAGGCUAUCCGCGACGUUCACGGAACUAGCUUUGACUACGGACCUAUCUGCUCCACCAUCUACGCUGCCGCUGGUAACUCUGUUGACUGGACCAGCGAUGUCUUGGGCUCGACCUACAACUUUGCCAUUGAGCUCCGUGACACUGGUAACUACGGCUUUGUCCUCCCUCCUGACCAGAUUGUCCCCAGUGGCGAAGAGUCGUACGCCGGCAUCCGCUACGUUCUUGACAACAUGAAAUAAGGAAAACAAAACCAACCAUAAAACAAGUAUGAUGAUGACGAUGAGAGAUGAUGAUGACGUUGUAUGUACAAACAGAACUUACAUGGCGUUGGUGUGUGUCUACGAGCUGGAGUGCGUAGGCUUUUGUAUUUUCUGUUUCUGUGGGAGAGCGAGGCGUUGAUUGAUGUGUAUUUGAUGAGUUGUG